AUGGCGCCCGGUAUCCUCGUCGACGAGGCUCAAAACCAGUUCCCGCAGGCCGCCAAACGCAACGAUGGCGCUCCUCGGCAUAUUUUCCCAGACGGCAUCCGUACGUCAGGCCAGCACUCACCUCUGUACGGCCUCCUAAAACCCUACUCAACCUUCCCCAAGACCAUUACCGGCCCCACCGUCUGGCAAGCCUCGACUUUCAGCUCCCACCCGGAGCGCUGGAUCCACCCCCUCACCCCGUCCGAAAUUGCCGAGCUCUCCGCCGCCGCAGACGCCUUCAUCGCGUCGAACACGCCCCUCACGGGCAUCUCCAAAAGCAACUUCCCCCUCCCGCACCUCUCUCAAACCCUCACGGCCCUGCGGGACAACCUGCUCAACGGCAAAGGCUUCGUCCUCUUCAAGCGCUUCCCCGCCGACGUCUGGCCAACGCUGAAAACCGCCGUCGCCUACAUGGGCUUGGGCGCGCACCUGGGAUAUCUCGUCUCACAGAACGGCCGCGGCCACGUGCUGGGCCACGUCAAGGACGUCGGCGAGGACCCGUCACAGAUCCAUUCCGUGCGCAUCUACCGCACGACCGCGCGGCAGCUGUUCCAUGCCGACGAGGCGGAUAUUGUGGGGUUGCUGUGUUUGCACCGUGCGCGGGAAGGAGGGGAGAGCGAUGUCGUUAGUGUGCAUCGGGUCUGGAAUGUGCUGCAGCAGGAGUAUCCCGACGUGGCGGAGUUGUUGACGCGGCCGGUGUGGUAUUUUGACCGGAAGGGGGAGGUGAGUGAGGGGCAGGAGGAAUGGAUUCGGCAGCCGGUGGUGUAUCUCGAGAAUGGAGGGCAGGGGAGGCUAUACUGCAAGUGGGAUCCAUACUUUGUCAGGAGUCUGGGGAGAUUCAUCGAGACGGGCGUCGUGCCGGCGCUGAGUGCGGAGCAGGAGAGGGCCAUGGAGGUGCUGGAGGAGGUGUGUCAGCGGGAGGCGCUGCAUAUGGUGCUCGAGGUGGGGGAUAUCCAGUUCCUGAGCAACGCGCACUUGUUGCAUGCUAGGACGGCGUACAAGGACUUCGCACCGCCGGCACCACGACGCCAUCUUCUGAGGCUCUGGCUGGCCACUCCUGAAGACGAGGGCGGAUGGGCCUUGCCCAUGCCAGACAGCCACGAGAAAAAACGCGGGGGCGUCCAGGUCAACGACACGCCACCACGGGCACCUCUGGAUGCGGAAUAA